AUGAUGGAACCAACUACCAAGCCCACCCACCCUCCCAAAGACGACCCGAUCUCGGUCGAAGAGCUCAAGCAGUUCGAUGGCUCGGAUGAGUCCAAGCCCGUAUACGUCGCUGUCAAGGGCGAUGUCUUUGAUGUUUCGCCCAAGCGCGAGAUGUAUGCUCCCGGCAAAGGCUACAACAUCUUUGCGGGCAAGGAUGGCUCGCGUGGUCUCGGAAUGUCUUCGCUCAAACCGGAAGACGCUGUUGCCGACUACAGCACGCUGGACGACAAGCAGCUCAAGGUUCUCAACGACUGGCACGCCUACUAUUCUAAGCGAUACAACAUUGUCGGCAAGGUUGCGCAGUCGUAG